AUGGCUGAGAAAAUCGAAGCCUGCGUAGUCGAAAUCGACGUAGAUCGGCGGCGGAAGCUGAUCGCCGGCGGAGGAGCAGUUACGGCGGCGGCGGCGGCGGCGGCGAUCCAGCACCAUCCGUUGGCGGAGAUCGCGCAAAGCUCCGGCCAUUUCCUGCUCCUCAAGCUCUGGCAAAGAGAAGAAGAGCUCUAUAGCCGAGGAUUGUCGAGGAAGGAAUUGAGGAAAUCCACAAUCGGAGGCGAGAUCUUCCAGCUCUGCUGCUUCUUCUUCGUCUUCCACGGCCUGUUCUUCGCAAUUUUGCUGGCGUCGUCCUCGGAGGACCGCCAGUGCAACAAAUGGUGGAUUCCGUCGGCUGUUUCUGCCUGCACCUCUCUGGCGAUUGCGUUCCUCGUCCAAUUGAAGCUCCGAUGGUUCUGGAAGGUAGAUCGGCAGGUGCAGAAGGAUCGCGCGGAAGGACGCGCUCUGGCGCGGUGCGUACAGGAGCUGAGGAUGAAGGGGAGAAGUUUCGAUCUGAGAAAGGAACCGCAGAACGGGAAGAAAUUGAAGAGCUCCAGCGUGGAGAUCAAGUGGAGGCCCCUGGCCUUGUGCUCCAGGGUAUUAACUUGAUCUGACCUUGAUUGAGCAGAGCAGCAGCAGAUCCAUGGCGACACUGCUUGUGUUCUGUUUGUUUGAUAAAAUGGCUAACAAAUUUGUAAACUCUUUUGAGUUCUUAUAAGUAUUAUUUUAUUUAUUUUGAAUUUAUAA